UGCCGAACUGUACGUUCCAAGCGCUUAGUGCAGCGCUCUGCACAUAGCAGUGGCUCAGUAAAUACUAUCGGAUGAUUAAUUUACCUCCUCCGGGCCUCUCAUCUGUAAAAUGGGGAUCGAGACUGGGGGGGAGCGGUGUGGACUGCGUCCAGCCGGAUCAGCUCGUAUACCCCAGCGCUUAGUACGGUGCCGGGCUCGCAGUAGGUGUUUGACAGAUACCGUUUUUAAAAGAAAGAAAUCGUGGCACGCCCCGCCACACCUGCCCUUUCCCGGCUGCUCCCGGACGCAUUCCCCGAAGGGGGUCCGGCUCCGGAGCGGUGCCCGAUGUGUAACCCCGGACCCCGGCUUCCGCUCCCGGGGCGCUAGGAGUAAAUCUGUGAAACCGGUGAGGAGGCAAUCACCCAGCCCACCGUGUGAAAGGACUUGGCCUUUGGGGAGGUGACUCGGAGCCCAGACGUCCUCAGGGCUUAAGUCUGAGGCCCUGAAGAGACGAAGCCCCUCGACUUCGGCCGGCCCCGGGGCAGGUGAGAAGCCGUUUCCCCGCCCACUUCAUCUUGGGAUUUCCCAGAACCAGCACAACGGAGUGCCCGGUAGGACACGCUAAAAGAAUAAUUUCACAGAGAGUGGUGAAGAGGCUUUCUAUGGGGAAAGUUCGGCUACACAACAGAGUCAUGGCCACGAAAUAGGAGCUGCAGAAGAGGAGGAAGAAGAACACGGUCUUGAUGGCCCCGGAGUGGGCCGCCACGCUGGGACCCCGGGCGCCGGUGCCCGAGCGUCUCAUGCGCCUGACGUGUCUGCAGAGAGAAACCAUCAGCAGGAAAGACGCGGUGAGGAAGAUCGGGAAGGGCAGAAUCAGGAUUGGGCCGGAAAGCGGAUUAACGACCACCUGAGCGCUUCCCGGUUCCGGGUGGCCGCCGGAGAGAUUGCCGGCGAGCCCGUUUCCGGUCCGCUUCCUUAAUAACGGGCAGUUGGUGACGACGGAACAGAGCAGAGAACACAGGAGCAACCAGGGCACCAGCCCGGAGAUCCUCCGCUUCAGCCAGAGGAAGAGAGGGUGGGUGAAGGUGGUGAUCUUCACGAAGUAGAAGACGCUGAGCCAGGUGGAGAACCAGAGAUCCACCUGGUUGAUGAACAUGCAGAAGGAAUACUGCAGCGUGCUGUUCGGGUAACUCUUCAGGAACAGGAACGUCUCGAUGGAGGCGUGAAGUAAAACCAGUUCCAGGCACAUCCUGGAGAACCCCAAGCUGGUGAGAAGGAGGUCACACGGUGUCAUUCUCCUUCUUCGGUACCUGUGGGUGCAGCUCACUCCCACGAUGAGCCCGUUGACCGACAUCCCAACCAGGAACUCGGCUACUAAGACCACCAGAUGCGGCACAGUCCCCUCCAGGAACCUCAGCGGAACAAUCAUCCUGAACUGCGGUGGGAUGCUGGGCCAGUUCGUGUCGGUGAUCAUCCCCGGGCGGAUUGAGUACCUCUGCGAAGUGCAGGUGCUGGGCAAACCUCUGGAGGAUCCUGAUCCGGAUCUGGCCUUGGGAAAGAGCACCUCCCGGUCCAGCACCUUUGAUUCCAGGGGCGACUCCAAGAAUGCCAUCGACCAGUCUCCAUCAAGCAGCUUUACCCGAAACCACUGCACUCAUACCAGGAAGGACUACCAGCCCUGGUGGCGGGUGGAUUUGCACUCCAGGGCCAUCGUGUCUUCCGUCGUGAUCCUGAACCGAGGAGACCGCUGCCAGGAGAGGAUCAACGGAGCCGAGAUCCGAAUCGGGGACUCGGAGCUGGAAGGGGGCAGAUAUAACCCCAGGUGUGCUGUGAUAUCCUCCAUGGGCCCGGGGGAGGCGGCUGGAUUUUUCCGCAGAGGGAUGAAAGGCCGCUACGUGAGUGUGAUCGUUCCCCACCGACGAGAGUAUCUCUCUCUCUGUGAAGUGCAAGUUCACGGGCAACCGGGGCCAUACGUAGGGUUGAACGUGGCGAUGGUGGGUACGUCUUCCCAGUCCAGUACCCGCGAUUCCCGAGGGCUCUCCCAGAAAGCCCACGACGGGUCCUCAGGGAGCCACUUUGUGAAAGGACACUGCACGGACACCAAGAAGGAGUAUGGUCCGUGGUGGAUGAUCAACCUGAAAUCUGCAUUCGCCGUGUCUGAUGUCGCCGUAACCAACCGAGGAGAUUGUUGUGCCGAGAGGAUCAAAGAAGCGGAGAUCCGAGUGGGGAACUCCUCAGAGAAUGGGGGCCAAGGCAACCCCAGGUCCAAAUUUAGCACUUGGUAAAGUAUCCUCCCAGUCCAGCAUCAAAGACAGGAGAGGGGAAGCCAAGAAGGCCAACGACGGCAUUCUGGAGAGCAGCUUCUCCGGAGGAUUCUGCACUCACACCAGAAGAGAGGUUAACCCCUGGUGGAUGGUGGAUUUGAAUGAGUCCGUCAGCGUGACGACAGUGGUGGUCACUAACCGGGGAGACUGCUGCGGAGAGAGCUCAACGGGGCCGAGAUUCUCAUUGGCAACUCAUCCGAGUCGGGUGGCACAGGCAACCCCAGAUGCACCAAGAUCACCUCCAUCGACAACGGAGUGACGGUCCCCUUCUACUGCGGGGGCAUGCGGGGACAGUACGUCACUGUUACCAUCCCAGGGAGUAGAAGAAAUAUCCUCAGCCUGUGUGAAGUGCAAGUGUUCAGUCUGCAGAGCCUAAUGAAUGGCGAGUACCGAGGCUCUCCCAAGCAUUUAGUGCAGUGCUCUGCACAGAGUAAGCUCUCAGUACUACUGAUUGAUUAUCAUUCCCAAGGAAACAACCUCCUGGGAUCUCGGGAGAGUGGAUCCCAGUUCAGGAGUAUAGUAAACUCCCAUUACAACGAACCCCAAGGGGAAGAGCAAAGCCAUUCAUUAGUUUUUAUGAACUUUGACUAAUGAAACUUCAUAAAACAUAGUACUUAAUUAAAGGGCUAGACUCCACCUAACCACAAAGACAUUUUAAGAUUUGGCAGGAUUAAACUUGUAAAAAAAAAAAAAAGAAACUUCUCUUACAAGCACUACAUAAAGUGAGCCUGCAAACCAGAUCCUAAAUGGGUAACUUUGCUUCCAGCAUCAGAAAAGAGAGCCAUGAUUCUGCCACUUCCAGUCAGCUGACCCGGUCUUCCUGGACCGUGGUUUUGUUGCUGGCUGGCUAAACUCAGAAGAUGAAGCUGGAGAACCUUUCCUGGAUUGUCAUGGAGGGCUACUAGUGUGGAGGAACCAGUGACAAAGACUCGGAGAUCCCUCCGCACAUCUCAGGGCAUAAUUUAGCGCUGAAAAAGCAGUCUUUCCAGUCCAGCUUUUUUGAUGAGCUGGGGACCCCCGAGAAAGCCAACGAUGGGUCUUUAUUAAAGUAUUAUCUGAACGGGUCCCGCACCCACACAAAGAAGGAUUUUGAGCCGUGGUGGAUGGUAGAUUUCAACGCAACAUAUUCCGUGUCCACUGUGGUGAUCACCAACCAAGAGCACUGCUGUUCAGAACGCAUCAGUGGUGCGGAGAUCAGAAUC